UCCAUGAUAGUCUCACCAUAUAAUAUUUUGAGACAAAGAAUAGCUUUCAUUGAUUGAUUUUACCAAGAAUAAUACAUAAUAUACUAGUCUAGGAGUGACUUUACAUGGUGGGAAGUAAUAUUUUUUUUUUUUUUUUGUCGAAAUGUAGGAAAUUUAUUUAAUUUGAAAUGCGAACGGAUAUAUUAGCAUCUUCUGCUAAAAGAUUAAAAAGAAACUUCGGUCCUAAUUCAUCCCAGUCAAAACUCCCGCUAUGCUUAAUCACGUGCGCUGCCACCGCAUGAGCUGCACGAUUGCAUUGCUAAGGUGUAAAGCAAAACCUCACCAACUGGAACAAACUCACCAUCCUCCAAAUAUCUUGGAGAUAAAUAUCAAGUGUCACAUUAGUCGUGAUCACCUUGUUAAGCAUCUGGAUCAAACCUUUUGAAUCCGAUUCCACUACCAAACGAACCUCAUGCUCCAUAAUGUCACUAUUGAGCAUCAUCUCCAUACCUCGCCUUAUUGCUUCAGCCUCCGCCAUUAUUGCAGCCGCAAACCGUUGUCCACCCACUCCUCCCGCAAGUUUGGGUAUCCCGGCAAAAUCUCGAAGAUCCCAGCCAACACCCCCUACCUUCGAAUCCUUCCGCCAUGCCGCAUCACAAUUUAGCUUCAAAAAGCCAAAGCUAGGCUUCAAUGCUUCAUCCAUUUAGAACCAUUGCCCCCGUGCCCCACCAAAGCCGAGGCACCCUCCUCGAGAUCCCCUCUGUUCUGCCGCUUCCCCCCUUCCACUGCCAUAGCCCCAUUAAACUCACAUACUUGCUGCUUCCACAAAUCAAUUGCCGCAUGAGGAACGGAAGAUCAAAAAUAACAUGGACAAUACUAGGUCAAGCUUUUCUCUGCGGAUUGUUUGGCCUAUCACUAGCUCAAAAUUUGUUCAUGGAGAGCAUUGCGUUUGCGUCAGCAACAUAUUGUGUGGCGAUAACUAAUCUGAUUCCGGCAAUAACGUUCCUACUGGCGGUAUGCUUUCGGCAGGAGAAGCUUUCGUUAACAAGUAUUCCAGGAAUGGCAAAACUUGCCGGAACAGCGGUUGGGUUGGGAGGAGCAAUGGUCUUCGUAUUCUACAAAGGCAUCACUAUCAAAAUUUGGUCAGUUCAUGUUAACCUCAUAGACACGAAGAACAAAACCACUUCAUCGUCGUCGCCCCACCCUACCAAUUAUGCCUUGGGUGCAGUGUUAGCUUUCCUGGGCUGUACGUGCAAUUCACUGUGGCUCAUAAUUCAGGGAAAAAUGACUAGAACAUUCCCAUGCCCCAUGUCGGCCACAGCUUUGACAUCGCUAAUGGCAACAAUUCAAUCUGUGAUUUAUGCCCUUUGCGCGGAGAGGGAUUGGAAGCAAUGGCAUUUGGGCUGGAAUAUUAGACUACUUGGAGUUGUUUAUUCGGGAAUAUUGAUUUCAGGAAUUGCGGUGACCUUGAUGGCAUGGUGUAUAAACAUGCGAGGGCCAUUGUAUGCAGCGAGUUUCUUUCCUGUCUUACUUGUACUCGUUGCCAUACUUUGUUCAUUGUUGCUGGAAGAGAACUUGUACCUGGGAAGCAUACUAGGAGCAGUGUUCAUCGUAGGUGGGUUAUACCUAUAUUUAUGGGGUAAGAGCAUCGAAAUAAAGAGGAUGAAUAGGGUAGAACCACUCGAAACCCCGCGACCUUCAGAAUUUCAGUCUAUCGAAAUCGUUACAACAUCAACAUCUGCUCCGGCCAUUACCACCGGGAGUAAUGACAACAACAUCACAAGGAAUAGCAGCAGAGGUUAAAAGUACCUACUUCAACACUCCUCAACUACUUAUGGAUUCAUAUAUUCUGUUUGGUAAAUUUGGAAACUAAACCUAAGGAUCAAGAGACUAUAAACCGAAAGUGCAGUGGAUGAACGUUCGAGGAAGGCCACAGCUAUUUUUAUUACAUAUCAUGUACUCUUUCCCAAACCAAAAAACAAAAAACAAAACUUCUGA